CGGCCUCUGCCGGCGGCGGGGCGGUGUCGCGUCGCCCUCCUCAGCCGCGGGCUGCCGCCUCCUGCCGGCCGCGUCGGUUACAAAGGCCGCUGCCGGGCCGGCCGCCCUCAGCGUCUUCCGGCCGUGACGGCGGCGCGGGCCGGGCUCCCCGCCGGAGAUGAGGGAGGAUGUCGGUGUCGGGGCUGAAGGCUGAGCUCAAGUUCCUGGCGUCCAUCUUCGACAAGAACCACGAGCGGUUCCGCAUCGUCAGCUGGAAGCUGGACGAGCUGCACUGCCAGUUCCUGGUGCGGCCGCCGGGCAGCGCGGCCUCGGCGCUCACGCUGCACUGCAACAUCACGGAGUCGUACCCAGCUUCCUCACCAAUAUGGUUCGUGGACUCUGAUGACCCAAACCUGACGUCAGUUCUGGAACGUCUAGAAGAUUCUAAGAACAACAGUUCGCUUCGUCAGCAGCUGAAGUGGUUGAUCUGCGAGCUCUGCCGAUUGCACGACCUUCCCAAGCACCUGGAUGUGGAGCUGCUGGAUCAGCCGCUGCCCACGGGCCAGAAUGGGACCACGGAGGAAGUGACGUCAGAAGAGGAGGACGAGGAGGAGAUGGCGGAGGACAUUGAAGACCUGGACCACUACGAGAUGAAGGAGGAGGAGCCUAUCAGCGGGAAGAAGUCAGAAGAUGAAGGAAUCGAAAAGGAAAACCUGGCGAUAUUAGAGAAAAUCAGGAAGACUCAAAGGCAAGACCAUCUAAAUGGCGCGGUGUCCGGGUCGGUGCAGGCCUCAGACAGGCUCAUGAAGGAGCUCAGGGACAUCUACCGCUCGCAGAGCUACAAGGCAGGGUUUUACUCAGUGGAACUCAUAAAUGACAGUUUGUACGACUGGCAUGUGAAGCUUCAGAAGGUCGAUCCUGAUAGUCCUUUGCACAGCGAUCUUCAGAUCUUAAAAGAAAAAGAAGGCAUAGAAUAUAUUUUGCUUAACUUCUCUUUUAAGGAUAACUUCCCGUUUGACCCUCCGUUUGUCCGCGUGGUGUUGCCGGUUCUCUCCGGAGGGUACGUGUUGGGUGGCGGCGCGUUGUGUAUGGAGCUUCUCACAAAACAGGGCUGGAGCAGCGCCUACUCCAUCGAGUCCGUCAUCAUGCAGAUCAACGCCACCCUCGUCAAAGGCAAAGCCAGGGUGCAGUUCGGAGCAAAUAAGAAUCAAUAUAAUCUAGCAAGAGCCCAGCAGUCUUAUAAUUCCAUUGUACAGAUACACGAGAAAAACGGCUGGUACACCCCUCCGAAGGAAGACGGCUAAGUGGAUGGACUGUCCCAGGCUCGGACCAACGUUGCUUUAAAGAAACCUUCCCACCGUGCAGACCAGCUUCGAGUGCCCAUAACAGCAGCCCCGACGACGUUAGCUGAUAGACACUUUAGUGGAUACUCUGUCACCUGACAUCCUGCAUAAGUUACAGCCUCUCAUUUGCUCAUUGUAGGUAUCUUGGACUCAGCAGGGGGGCCUUUCCUGUAUUUUUCUUGAUAAAUACACACACUGGCCACUCCUUAUCAUCUCUUUUUCUUGAAAAAUGAAAUCUGUUAAGCAGGCAAGUCAGCACCCGGUUCCUGGAGUUGCCGCUGUAGGUGCCGUCUCCCUCUGAGCUCGCGCGCUGCGAGGACUCGCAGUGUGUGGUCCCCUCAGAGCCGAUAGAGGUGAUUGGGGUUCCUGUCGGUUUAGGAAGUUCAAGGUCUUCUCGGUCACCGUAGCCUUUUCCGGUUGCCAAAAGAACGGCAGAAAGCAGGCUCCAGGAAUUGUCACACUUUUUAUGGCCUCUCUGGGGCCAUUUCCCGCAGACAUGCCCUUAACCGGAUUGCAAGGUGGGGCCCCGCAAGCACGUCAGCUGUCGUAGUGAUUCCACUGGGCAUCAGUCUUGCUGGCUGAAGCUGUUACUGGUUCAAUAUGUCUUAUGAAGAUCUGCAGUCUAGAUCUUGAAGUUAUUUAAAAUACUAAGUCAUUUUACAUUUCCAUUUUAUUAACGGGAUGUUGCAAUCGUUUGUAAACUAAUAAGCUUAUAAAGUGAUUGGCACACAGACAGACUCCUUGAGCAAAAGCUGCACAGCUAAGGACACACAGAUCCCUCAUUUGGAGACCUAAAAUUUUUGCUACAGUCAUAACAAUGGCUUUUACUUAAAGACUAAUAGGAACUCUACACAUAUUAAUUCUUUUAUAAAACCUGACUCAAAUCAGUACCCUCUCCAUUCUCUUGCCUUACCUGAAUCAGUCCUGUUUGAUUGGAAGUAGAUUUUUAUAUACCCAUGUUUGAUUUAAAAGUAAGGUCUAGUUAUUAAGCACUUUUAAAAUGAAAUCCAGAAGCACAUUUUCUGCACAAAUCACUUACAAAGUUCAAAAGUGUUUCUUAGGCACCUGCUCUGAGAGUCAGUUUUCAACUUUGUAAGCCGCCUGGGAGAGAGACCCGCACGGCUGCAGGCCCGCAGCGUGCGGGGCCGUGGGAGAGGCUGUCCUGGGUUUGCUCACGUGGCUACACUUGUGCUCAGUUCUGAUACAGUGGCUCAGACAAGCGACAAGGCAGAAUUCUUUAAAGCAUUACAGUUCCUUAAACCUAAGGCUGGAUCUUGAAUACAUUAUUGAAUUCUUUAAUAUCCUGAUGGCUAGCAGGUUGACAGCUGCACAUUUGGCAUGCUUUGUUUUUAUUUGGAGUUUAUUUUUCAUUGCAGAUUUAUUUGGCAAUGUACAGUAAAUUUUGUAAACUUGCAUCAAGUUUAUGAAUAAAGAAUCAUUUAAGAAA